AUGAACAAAGCUGGUCACAUUAAUGGACUUCUUAAUGGUCUUAGAUUGAGACAACCAUUUUAUAUGAGUAAAAAUAGCUCCAUGCAAACUGAACAAGAAAUAACCGCAUCAUCAGCUAUAUGUGCCUCAGAAAUUGGAACAAGUUCAGUUCAAAUUACUGAAAUUGCCAGCACUAGUACAUCAUCAAAUAAUAAUACAAAUGGAUAUCAGCAACCGAAAACACAAGAUGGCAACGAAAAUCUUGAGGAGAAGGAUGAAGAUUAUUAUGAAUACAAAAUUGAAAUGCUUGAACUAGAAGUAGCACGGUUAACUAAGAGCGAAAAAAAACUUCGCUCGGAAGUAGAACGCUUAUGUAACGUCGAAGAAAGUCUUGAAAAACUCCGAAUAGAAUUUAGACAAUUGGACUUAAGAAAUUGGAUGUGGCUUAAACCCAUACUUGGAGAAUUUUUAGGAUGCACGUUUUGCACGGAAAUUUACAUCAAGCCAUCUGUUCUAAGCUGCAAUCAUAUGUUUUGUUCUUGGUGCAUACGAACAUGGAUGUCACGCAAUUCUAAGUGUCCGACUUGCCGACAAGAGAUAUCAUUUGUGACUAAUUGUGCGGAAUUGAAUGAAUUCAUUUUGAAAUCGAUUGAAUCGGGGGACCCUGAUAGAAGAAAUGAAUACCUAAGAAUAUCAAGAGAACGUGAGCGCGAUGGCGGCUACAGAGUAAUUGAAAACUCGAGUGAUGAAGAAGAAGACGAUAGCGAUGACUACUCAUACUACGCAUACUAA